AUGCCUGGGUGGCAGGAGUGGAAGGGUGGAGGGGAGAGGGUCCACCACCCCAAAGGACUCUGUCUCUUUGUUCUUUGUCUUCAGUUCGAAGCCUUCUGUGCAGGGGGCUUGGCCCCAGGCUGGAGCCUCAUGGUCCAGGGACAGGCUGACUCUGGCGAGGACAAGUUUGAGAUCAACUUCUUGUCUGAGACGGGUGACAUCGCCUUCCACAUCAAGCCCCGAUUCUCCAGUGCCACUUUGGUGGGCAAUGCCUUCCAGGGUGGCCGCUGGGGCGAGGAGGAGGUGUCCAGUGUCUUCCCACUGUCCCCGGGGGAGCCCUUUGAGAUGGAGGUCAGCUCAGAUGGGGAGCACUUCCACGUCUAUGUCCAGGAGCACAAGGUCCUGCAGUUCCCCCACCGCCAGAGGCCACUGGCUGCCAUCACCAGGGUGCGGGUGCUAAGCGACCAUCGCCUGGCCCAGGUGGACUUGGCUAAGCGCAGCCUAAACUGGGGGUAA